AUGUUCAGACCAUCUAUUAUAUUCAGAAAUAUCCCAUUGUUCCGCAGUAGGGUGCAGUCAUCUAUCCCAACCGUCAUCUCCCCAAUUAGACAAUUAUCAUUACAUUCAUUAUCAUCCUUGCCAAGUGCACAACCUAGUCUUCUCAGCAAAAUUGGUUCUUUGAGAGCACCUGUUGGCUCAAGGUCUAUAAUUCAGAAAGAAUACAUGAUUCCAGCUAUUCAAAAUGAUCCACUCGCAUCAUUGAAUGACAUCGAGGUUGAAGAUAAUACUAUGCAUAUGGAUUCAGUAUUGAGAAAAAGAAGAUUGAAGAUGAAGAAGCAUAAGUUGAGAAAGAGAAGAAGAGCUCAGAGAUCGUUGAAGAAGAGGUUAGGUAAAUUAUAG